GUCAGACUCACAGUUGCAGUUUGCGGGAAGGAGGCAGACUGACUAACAGCAGGAACCCUCACCACUGAACAUGUCGAACAUAGGCCUUAUUAGUCGCAUCCGCAGCACUCCUCAACCCUCAACCCCCGCACUAGCUGUUUCAAAGUUGUUUUUAUGUAUCAUACCCAUUGCUCAGAUUGCAAUUGGUGCUGUUCAUCUGCAUGACUGUCCGAGGAAACACUACAUCUCCAUCUAUCUGAUAGUGGCAGGGGUCUUUGGCCUGGUGCUCUCGCUGCUCUCCUGCCUGCCCUGCGCCAAAACCCCCGAAGAUGGAGACACCAGCCUGCUCAAUAAAAUCUGCGCGACGUGGAACUCCUUGACAUCGUUAUUUCUCUUCUGCUGGUUUAUUGCAGGUAAUGUGUGGAUAUACUCUAUUUAUCAGCCAAACUACAACAAGAAUUCAACAGAUGUGGAUCCGUACUGCGACAGGACACUGUACCUGUUUGCUUUCUGGACCACCACCCUAGUCUACAUCCUCCUGGGGGUGUUCAUGUUGGGCGGCUGCUUUGUCUGCAUCCUUCAGUGCCUGUGUGGCCAUGCGGACGCCGAUGACAAUCCCUAGAGACAAACCAACCAAUAAGGAGACAGGAGGAGAUUUUGCUGCUGACGCUAUUAAUGUUAACAAAUCAUACAUUGCAACAAGAGACCAGUAGAGCGGUCAGGAAUGAGUCUUAAAACCCGGAAAUUAGUUAGCAUUUUUGCACUUUUGGUUCCCUCGUCUCAAAGUCAUUAGGUUUUUGUUCAAAGGUUUUUUGUUAGAUACCUGAAGUAAUACUGUGGUUAUGACAAGCUUAAUAGAUUUGAUCAUUUUGCUCAAAUAUAUAUCAGUAAAUACCAGUCAAACGCUUCUUGAGCUUGUGUCUUAAAAUCGGCAGUGUGGCUAACUGAACUACCAAACGUCAUCACACCAGAGCCCGUCUAUAGCUUGUUGUUUGUGACAUGAAGUCAUGUGACAGUGGUUUAGUUUGUUUAAGACUAACGUUAGCAUUUAUUAUUCUGCUUAAAAAAUGGGUAAGCUUCAUAUUCAUGUUUGCCAGGGAGUACAUUUUCUACAACUCACGAGAAUCCAAUGACAACAUCCCACAGGAAUGUUCAGCCCUGCACUUCUCUCUGUCUCAUAGUGGCACAGCCUUUGUUUUGACAAACAUAUUAUACAUUCUUAAAUCUGAGAUGCUGUACAUUUGAUCACUGAUCACUAAUAAUGCCUGUAAGUCUCUAUGUUGAGCUUUUUCUAAUUAAAACUGAUUCUGCUUUCUCGGAAUCUUUACUCACAUCCUGUUUGAAGUAUAACUGAGAUGCUUUUUUUUGUACACGUUGAUCCAGAAACUGGGCUUAAACUGUCCAGGAUAAUAAGAUCAAAUGUCUGAUCUUUGAGUUGAUUUUUUGUACUGUAAAGCUUGUGUUUGUUGAUCAUUUGUGGCAAGAAGGCCCUCAAUAAAACCUGGAUAACCAAUACUCUA